UGUAUUUUCCACCUCGCUGCUGCGUUCCAAAAUUCAGCCUAUAAGGUUAUGAAAUAUGAAUAAGGUUACGUAGCAAUGGCAUCGCUAGAUUACAAAUGUCCGAAUUUUAGAUGAUCAAUGGCAGUAAUAUGAACGUGGAUAGCAGUGACUCGCAGGUGUAAGACACUCCAGAGAGACCCUAUUCUACAUGAAUCAUCGCAUCAAGGACAGGUCAAGAUGCAAAAGCGGAACUAUAUGAAAGGGAAAAGGGAGCAUGGUGAUGAUGGACCCCCUUUUUGCUUUAGUUGUGAAAUGAUCUUUCCAGACCAAACGUCAUUUCAUGACCACUUUUGUCCUGCAGCGGGUUACAUCUGCUCCUGUGGAACAGAGUUCUCCAUGUAUGUUGAUAUGAUGGACCACAGCGGAUUACAUGAACCAGGCCACACGGUAAUUAAUUAUAGCACCAUAAAGAAGGAACAAUAUCAGAGGGAGAGAGAGUACAAGGAGCAGCUUUCGAGGCUGGUAUUGAAGGCGGGGCAGGGAAGCUGGGCUGGGCAGGAAAGCUGGGCUGUGCCUGCACCAACUCCGAUGCUAUCGGCCCCUAUGCAACGAGCCACAAAGCCUCCACCUGGUCCAAGUGCCCCAACAACGGACCUCUGGCACCAAUUCCAGCCAGUGGUGUUGGUGGAGACCCUGCGCAAGUUUGGUAGGACAAAGCCCUACAGGUGUGCCUACUGUGAACUGGGCUUUGCAACAAAAGACUUACUCUUAUGGCACCACAACACUCAUGCAAGAAAUAAAGUCCAUGGCUGCCUGCGGUGCGGGUUGCUCCUGCUCAGCAACAACAAGUCACCCCAGCCUGGCCACCACCAGUGUGGCUCUUAUCGGGCAACUCCUGAAACCAGAUUCACCACUGCCACAGUGCUGAGUAACAGGAAACAGCCCGCGGGGUAUGCUAAGAAGGUUGUCCAGCGUCAGCACUGUCCUGACCCGUUCAGUGGGGAGCUGCAGCUAGGGAUGCAUAUGGUCUCACAGCAGCCCGUUCCAGGGACUUCUGGAACAAAAUACUUGAAGUGUAGAGUGUGUCAGGAGCUCUUCCAAACUGUCAAGCUGCUCGAGAGGCACCGUUGCACAAUGGCGGCGUCCUUUUUUGCGCAGGAACUGGGUCAGACGUCUGGCAAACAGCUCAAUGGUCACAGAAAAGGGAAGGAGGGGACCAGCCCAUACUCCUUGCCUCGAAGGAAUGGUGACAAGGAGCUGGCGUUCAACAUUCAAACUUCGACGAAUGUAACUGUAUACGACCACAAGGCAGUAGGCCCGGAUAGGGGCACCGGGUUGUCUGCCGUUUCUGUAAAAACAGAGGUUUCGGAUGAUGACUGUUUUGUGAUUGAGGAUGCGUUCUCGUGCUAGUCGGAACUAGGAAACUCUGAAAUUUCCGACUUGCUAACUGGUUGAACUCGGCACGUGUAUAACUACAACCAGUUAGCAAGUAGGACAUUUCCGUGUUUCCUAGUUCCGACUUGCACGUGAAUGUGGCAUAAAAGCGCCUUCACCAAACCAAGUCAGCUGUUAUACCAACAAUUAACCUCUUCCCUCCCAGUACUGCAGACAUGAACAGUGCAAAUGUGAACCCACUGCAUUUGCAAUGGACAUAAACAUCUUCUAUGGGUUAUGGGUUUGGUCCCUUUUCGUAAGGUACCAUCUUAACUCUUAUCUAACUAUUCAAUUUACAACUAAUCUGUCAGUAGCCUAGAUUUAAUUUUUUACUCCAUUUUUUUAUUUUAUUAUGAGUUGUGUGUUUGUCAAAUGACAUUGAACAUUUUUACAUAUGCAGUAUCAAAUCAGUCUGUAUGGUUCAGAUAACUACAAACAUUGUAUGAUAGUUUGUCUUUUGAAAAUGCUGUUAGUUUUUUUUACAGGAGUUUGGCUGAAAAUGUGUUAUAAGCAGCAUUGGCCAUAUCACAAGGACAUGUUGGUUCUUUCUAGCCAUUUCUGUGAUCUUGGAAUAAAAUAAAGUAUUUUUUGUUUCUG